AUGUUCCCCAGCGCUGUCUCCGCCGCCACUUCGACGCCCUUCUCGGUCAAGGAUAUCCUGAGCCUGGAGCAGCAGCAGCAGCCGCCGGGUUGCGUGGGCUUGGCUUCGCUGGAGCUGCCGGCUGCCUUGGGCUCGGCUUCGUCCUGUAUGCUGGCCGCCUUCAAGCAGGAGGCUUUCGCGGCCGAAGAGGAGGCCCCGCCGCUAACGGAGCUGCCCGAGGCCGCCAAGAGCGCCGCCGCCGCCGCCUCCUCCUUCCCCGGGAGUUUCUUCAGCAAGAGCUACGCCGACAUGGACGCCGCCGCGGAGCCCAAAGCCGGCAAGAAAGCGGCGGAGUCGUGCGCCCUGCAGAAGGCCCUGGAGGCGGAGAAGCGGGCUCCUCCCGGGGAGGCGGCGGCGGCGGCGGCGGAGGAGGAGGAGAACGCGUGCCGGACGAGGCCGCGGAAGCGCCGCAAGCCGCGGGUGCUGUUCUCGCAGGCGCAGGUCUACGAGCUGGAGCGGCGCUUCAAGCAGCAGAAGUACCUCUCGGCGCCGGAGCGCGACCACCUGGCCUCGGCGCUCAAGCUCAGCUCCACGCAGGUCAAGAUCUGGUUCCAGAACCGGCGCUACAAGUGCAAGCGGCAGCGGCAGGACCAGAGCCUGGAGAUGGUGGGCCUCCACCCGCCGCCCCCGCCGCCCCCGCCCCGCCGCAUCGCCGUCCCCGUCCUGGUCCGCGACGGGAAGCCCUGCUUAGGGGACGCCGCCGCCGCCUCCGCCUCGCCCUACGCCUCGCCCUACGGCGCCGUCGCCCUCGGGCCCUACGGCUACGGCGCCUACCCGGCCGCGGCCGCCUACGGGAACUACGGGGGCUCGGCCUGCAGCGCCGCCGGCUACAGCUGCAGCUACCCGGCCGUCCAGGCGGGCGUCCAAGCCUCGGGGGCCGGAAGCGGCGGCGGAGGCGGUGGAGGCGGGAACUUCAUGAACUUCGGCGUGGCGCCCGAGCUGAGCCUGAACCCCGCGCAGGGCGGCCAAGGCAGCGGGGGACUCUCCGCCUUGCACAGCAUCCGGGCCUGGUAG